AGCCAGCUAGCUAGCUAGAUAAAUAGAUAGAUAUUGAGGGGGGACAAUGAAGGGAGUGUGCCUGCGGGCCAGCUGUGGGCCCUUCCCUGCCGUAAAACAAGAAGGGAGAAAAAUAUGGAAGGAGACUUGUGUGAUUUUGUCCUGUGUAGGCAGCAGAGGGCGUCCAUGACACAAUUUCAUCCAGAGUUUCCUCUUUGGCCUUGAGUAGUCCACCUUGAAGCAUCAUUCUAUUCUUGGUGAGACUUCAUCGUCCCCUCUGUUGGCUCCUCUUUGCCAUUCAUAUCUUCUCUUAGGCUUCAGUCAGUUUUGCUUUAAGAUAAGAUAUCCUUUAUUUGUCCCACUCUGGGGAAAUUUACAUUUACUUUACCAUCCCUUUUUAGCCGUUGUACUCCUUCCUUUGCAUUAAUUCGCUUCUUUUCUUAGCUUUGGUUUGUCUUUCACUUUUGAAGGCUUGGGAUGUGAUCGAGGGUGCGGCGUGGCCACGGCAAUCGAUACUGAGUGAGAUGAGGCGGAGGCGGGGGCGGGCCGGGCGUUUUAUGGCCUCCAUCAGAGAGCAAAGUCUUCUCGCGUCAACACGCCGUGAUCUUUCGGUGCGAGGUUUACAGGUGGCUUUGUUCAUCGUAGUCUUGGUCUCCUUCUUGGCCGUUGGGACCCUUCCUGGGCAGACUUGGUCAACUUCUUCAUCUUCUUCUUCUUCUUGCUGACCGUCGGGAACGUUGGGGCGGCGACAAUGUCGACGGCAGUGGAGGCGACGGGCUUUGUCAUGUGCCUGCUGAGCUGGCUGCUGACGGGCGCGGCGCUGGCUAACGACUACUGGAAGAUCUCCACCGUGUCGGGCAGCGUCAUCAUCUCGCAGCGCCAGUUCGAGAACCUGUGGCACUCAUGCGCCGAGAACAGCGCCGGCAUUGCCGAGUGCAAGGACUUCGAAUCUUUGCUCUCAUUGCCCGGUCAUGUCCAGGCAUGCCGUGCCCUGAUGAUUGUGUCUUUGGUGAUGGGUUUGGGCUCCAUGGUGGUUUCUCUACUGGGCCUCAAGUGCAUCAAGAUCGGCUCCGCCGGAGACACCUCCAAGGCCAAGAUGGCCGUCACCGGAGGCAUCCUCAGCAUCCUGGCCGGUGUUUGCUGCAUGACGGCAGUGUCGUGGUACGCCAGCAUGGUGGUGCAGGACUUCUACAACCCGCUCUACAUGGGCGUCAAAUUUGAGCUGGGCGUGGGCCUGUACUUGGGCUGGGGAGCCUCCAGUCUCUCCUUGCUGGGGGGCGGCUUGCUGUGCACAGCCUGCAAGAGGGCGUCGCCUGCUGGCCGCAAAAGUGGUUACUAUGGCAACGGUCCUGCAUCCAAGGUCUACAAGGCCACACCUACGUCGGAGGCGGCGACAGCCAGAGCUUACGUCUGAAUAGACACACACACACACACACACACACACACACACACACACGACAUUUUAACUGAGAUGAUGAUUUGCAAACAGUCCACCUCAUAGCUUUCAUGACAUCACAAUCAUGCUUGGGUGAAUAAAGGAGUGUUUUUGUCUUUUCCAUA